CACCAUAGCGACUUGCUGAGAGAUGGAAUGCCAAAACAACGUAUCCACGUUUGGAUAUACUCGCGUGUAUGGAAACAUAGAGCACAAAUACAACAACAACACUCAAUUCAUAUAUGAUUUUUUUUCAUUUCUCAUUACCUCUUCCAUAUUCUUCGACUGUUAUGUGUGUGUAUGUAUGUUUUGAACUGGCUCGCUGCCGAGAGACUUCAAUUUGUGAGUUUAGUGUUUUCUGGGAGAGCAAUCAGUUGCAAUGCGACAAUGCAUUGAAUCGGUUAAGUAAGUUGUAUUUUCCAUCCAAAUGCGUUCGUCAUCAUAAUAUCGAUUACAAUAAAAUAACAGGGGAAAAAAUAGUCACAUUAUCUCCAAUCAACCUGUUACAUAUUUCGCGAAUUUAUUUCACAUUUUUGCUUUAUAUCGAUUUGCUAUCGUGUUAAAUCCAGUGAUAUUGUUGCUGUUUCAUACUGGUUGAAUUCAUGUUUGGGUGAAUGAUUCAAGAGGCCUAAUGGAGUAAACGAAGACGAUAUACAUUCUGCGAAAGUUAUUCUUGGAUCCAGAAAAAAAUUGAAGAAGAAAAAACUUAAUCGAGCGUUGUGGCGAAGACGACAAACAAAUACUGGGGGUGAAUAAACCAGUUUCCAAUUGAGUGAAUCGCCAAGCCUACGCACAGCUGGAAAAACCACACAACGCAACCAAGCACAAACAAACAAAAUCAGCAUCAUGUCCGAAUUUUUCGAAUAUAAAUUUUACACACGUGACAAACUGCAUUGUGAUAAAUUUUUAUACAAUAACAAAACGUUCGAAUACAAUGUUAACGAUCCGAAAGAUCGAAGUCUUGCACUGAACGAGCUCAAGCAAUUAAUUGGCGAGAGCAUUGACUUUGCUCUCAAAGAUAAAUCGUGCACCGAUGACGAUGAAUUUUUGCUACGGUUUUUAUUUGCACGAAAUUUCGUGAUUGCUGAUGCUUUCAAAUUGCUGGUCAAUUAUCACGGUUUCAAGCAGAGAAAUGCCGAUAUUCUGAGCAAGAUUUCGGCUUUGGAUGAAGGCAUACAAUUGGCAUUACGAGAUGGAUUUCCCACCAUUAUUCCGCAAAGAGAUCGAAAAGGACGCAAAAUAUUGAUUUUAUUCGCCGCUAAUUGGAACCCACUCACCUACUCGCUCAUUACCGUAUUUCGAGCGCUUCUUUUGUCCAUGGAAAAACUUCUUGAAGAUGUUCAAAAUCAAGCCAACGGAUUUGUACUGAUUGUCGAUUGGACAAACUUCACAUAUAAACAAACUGGCAGCUUACAAUUGAAAGUCAUCAAAAUGAUGAUCGAAGGGCUACAAGACUGUUUUCCGGUCAAAUUCAAAGAAGUACACUUUGUGGGUCAACCAUGGUAUGUGGAAGCGACUCUCACCGUGAUUCGGCCUUUCCUGCAGGAAGAAACACGUGAGAAUCUGUUCAUGCAUGGAGCGAAUUUAUCAACAUUACACGAUUCCAUAACCAAAGAUGUGCUUCCGACGGAAUUGGGCGGUGAAACGAAAUCUGUAAAUCCCUUGGAUUGGGUCCACAUUCUACUAGAAUCAAGUCAAAAUCCAACCGAUGUCCAGCGAUAUCGUUUCACGCAAUCGACAAAUUACACGCAAACACCAAAAGCAUGCACAUCGAAGUAGAUCCAGGGCUCAUUUACACUGAUUUUCAUUUCCAAUCUCAGCUAACAUCCAGUUCUUCCAGUUCCAAACAACAUAUAAGCAUAGACAUUUUGUACUUAAGAGUCGAUUAAUGCGAGUAAUUUGUAUUACAAUCAUUUUUGGUAUAGUUUAAUAUAUUUUCAGAAGUUUUGUAUGGAUAGAUAGUAAUUGGUUUGAUGUGCUCAGUAUUUUUGAGUGAUGUUUGAAACUAUAAUUAAAUAAUGUUAACGAGUUUAGAGUGAAUUUAAAAUCUAUUUUCAAGGCAAAAGACAAUAUUUUUUCGGAUUUCAUAGAGUUUUUAAGCGAGUUUUGCACACAUUUUGACGUCACAUCGAAUCUAAUGAGUUGAUUGUUAUUCACAGGCACAUGACAUUUAAGCAAAUUAAUUUUUAAGAAUCUUGUCUUCUGAAACUGCAUGAAGCAAAUGUUGCUCAUCUCAGGCUGGCUUGUUCUAGUAUUUAACAGUGUGACAAAAAAAAUUAAUUAGACACGAACAUUUCCACAAGCAAAAACAACUUUCUCGAAUACACAUAUAAUACAGUUCGUUACGUAACUAUGUGAUAAUCAUGACAAAUAAAUGUUAAUCUCCGUUUGACUUCAUUAAAAUGAAGCGAAUUCAAACAAAGGAAUAAGCUUAUAUCGAUUCUCAAAAGUUGAUUUUUUUCGCAUUCAUCACAACAUACAAAUCGGUUCUGAUAAAUUUGAGACAGAAAAGGAGAAAGUUCAGAAAAUGAUAAAGAAAACGUUGGUUCUGUACGUCGUUACGGAUUAAUACUCGCAUUAUCUUUAUUUAUAAUUUGCAAAUAUUUUGAUAGGUCUAGCGUAUUUCGGGUAUAAUGAGAAUAAAUGAGUGUUCUCCUUUGUCUCGAAUUUGCAAUGAGAAUUUAAGAGUUUAAGAAUUUCAGAUAAAAUUAACAAAUAACACAAUCUAUUUAUUAUGUGAGCCGUAGAGUAAGAAGAAAAUGCAAAUAAAAAGUGCAUUGUACCCUCCA